AUGGCCAAAGAGCAGCAACAAUUGAGCAUGGGGAAGCUACGUGGUUAUGACUUUUAUCGCGCGAUUGGCUCGCCAAAACGGAUUGUAGCGCCUAUGGUCGAUCAGUCUGAAUUGGCCUUCCGGAUGCUGUGUCGGACACUUGGAGCCGACUGUUGCUACACGCCUAUGCUUCAUAGUCGUCUGUUCACUGAGAGUGUCGAGUACCGGGAGAAAAUGCUCGAGCACCACAUUCAAGACCGGCCGCUCAUCGUACAGUUCUGUGGUAAUGACCCAAAGACCGUAUUGAUGGCAGCCAAGAUGGUGGAAAGCCAUUGCGAUGCUGUGGAUCUGAAUUUAGGCUGUCCACAGGGCAUUGCUCGAAAGGGACAUUAUGGAUCUUUUCUUAUGCACGACAAGAACACGGUCAAAUCCAUUGUGGAGACACUAAGCAGAGGGCUCACAAUUCCAGUGACGGUCAAGAUUCGGGUAUUUAAUGAUGACAAUGAGACGUUGGAAUUCGCUGAGAUGCUGGAGAAGGCUGGUUGUGAUCUGUUGACAGUCCAUGGACGCACUAAAGAGAUGAACAAGACGGCCGUGCAGGAGGUAAACUGGGAUAUUAUCCGACGCAUAAAAGAACGGUUAACUAUCCCCGUGAUUGCAAAUGGAGGACUUGAGACACAUGAGGAUAUUGCUCGUUGUCUUGAGGCUACAGGCUGCGACGGUGUCAUGAGCUCCGAGGGGUUACUGGAGAAUCCGGCGCUAUUUGCUGACAGUAACAACAAACCCGGCCAAGACACGUCGUUCUUACAGCUAGCUAGACAAUACCUAGAGUACGCUACGCUGUAUCCACCUGCAAGCGACAAAAUUGUUCGUGCACACCUCUUCAAGAUGCUAUUCCAGGACUUGCGUGUGCACUCGGAGUUGCGCGACGCGCUGGCGGCUGCCAAGUCUCAAAAGGAAAUGGUGGACAUUGUCGAUGAGCUUGCUGUGCGAUUAAAGAAAGCAGAAGACGACAAAGCAACACCUGAGAUCAAGAAGACGACGUACGCCAUGGAGACGAGCUGGUAUCGCCGUCACCGACAAGGCCAGAAGAAGCUUCGACGCCGCGACUCGUACGAAAAGUGUCUCGAUACGGGCUUUGGUAACUUGUUUGCGUGA